CGACUCGGCAGCCCAAGGGGAAGAACCACUGUGCAAGGGCGGAGUCCGGACAGAGCUGGAAAGGUGGCCAAGGUUUAUACAAAUUCCGCCUUGCAAAUCUUUUCUCUGCGACCACAAUCACGAGCAAGAAGUCCUGCAGACGUAGUUUCUUACGAAAAGGCGGGGGCCGCAUGCAUUUACGGAGGGGUUAUCUAAUGCGGCAGAAGGUUUUAUAGGUUGUUGGCCUGCGCUUGGGUGCCACAGUGCAGUCGGCUUGGCAGACCCUUGAAGUGUGGAGGCAAUGACGAGCGGCGUAGUGUGUUCAGGGAGCAGCUUGUUGGGACAGCUGGCGGUCAAGCAGACGGCCCCCACUCUCUGCGCAGCACAGCAGAGCAGAACGCCCGGGGGGUUUUGUCCACAGCCUGGGGCGUCAUACCGCUCACUCGGGUCUGACUUGUUGUGCCGUCAUACGUGGAGCAGUGCGGCGGUGCUGGCUGGAGAUGCUGCACUACUGAAGCAGGGAGCAACGCCUGCUGGACAUGUGCAGGCCAGGGGGAGGAGGGGGCGGAGGCCGCAGGUUCAGUGUAGACAGGAAGUCUGGGGCCCCGCAGUCACCACCAGCCCACCCGAUGAGCCGGCACGGGUGGUACGAGCCCCUUCUGUUGUGCCACCCCCUCCCAGCUCCACUGUGGCCCCCAAUUGGGAGGUUCUGCCUGCCAUGUGGCACACGCUCGCCCAGAAGUAUGGCGAUCGGGUGGCGCUAGAUGACCCCCAUAGGAAGCCGCACAUCAAGAUGACCUACAAGGAGCUGGAGCAAGCCAUUGUGGACUUCAGCGAGGGGCUGCGCCUGUACGGCAUCAAGGCGGGCGACCGGGUGGGCCUCUUCUCAGAUAAUUCCCACCGCUGGAUCAUUGCAGACCAAGGAAUCAUGAUGGCGGGGGCGGUCGAUGCAGUGAGGGGGGCCAAGGCGCCAGCGGAAGAGCUCAAGUAUAUUUUGGAGCAUUCAGAGAGCACUGCGGUAGUGGUAGAGACGCCGGAGGUGCUGGCCAAGCUGGCGCCUGUGCUGGGUGAGCUGGCGGACCGCAUUAAGUUUGCGGUGGUGUUGUGGGGGGAGGCGGCGACCAACGGGGCCGCCACGACGCCCUUCCCCGCGCACAGCUUUGCCAGCUUCCUGCAGGCAGGCAAGACUAGCCGCCAGGCGACAGAGGCCGCAACUGGAAAUGGCGCUCUGCGGCGCGAGGUGCCGUGUGCGAGCCAGGAUGUGGCUACCAUCGCUUACACAAGCGGCACCACCGGCUUCCCCAAGGGGGUCAUGCUCACCCACGACAACCUGCUGCACCAGGUGCGCAAUUACCGCGUGGUGCUGGACGUGCAGCCAGGCGAGGUCUUGCUCAGCCUGCUGCCGCCCUGGCACAUGUACGAGCGCUCUGCCGAGUACUUCUGCCUCGCAUCCGGGGCCCGCCAGGUCUACAGCAGCGUCAAGACCUUCAAGGAUGAUUUGGUGACCCACCCGCCGGACCACUUUGUGGCGGUGCCCCUGGUAUUCGAGGUGCUGUACAACGGGGUGCAGCGCAAGCUGGCCCAGGCCCCAGCCCCCCGCCAAAAGGUGGCCAAGCUCCUCAUAGGCGCCAGCCAAAAGUACAUGGAAGCACUCAGGGCCUGGAGGGGCCUCGCCCUGGACAGUGUGCGCAGCAGUGCCCACCCGGUGCUGUCGUUUGCGCAAUGGGUGCUAGCGGGCGUGGUGGCGGCGCUGCUGCUGCCCGCACACCUGCUCGCCUCGCGCCUCGUGUAUGGGAAGGUGCGCGCGGCGCUGGGCAUCAAAAAGACGGCCAUCAGCGGCGGGGGCAGCCUCCCGACCCACGUGGACCGCUUCUUCGAGAUGAUUGGCAUCGUGUUGCUCAACGGCUACGGCCUGACCGAAACGUCCCCCGUCCUCACCGUGCGCCGGGCUGACCGCAACGUGGUGGACCCGAAGACGGGGUGCGCGCUGGCCCCCGGGGUCAAGGGCGUCGUCAAGGCGCGGGGGCCGCAGGUCAUGAAGGGCUACCUCAAGGACCCUGAGGCGACGGCGCGCGUGGUGGACCCGGAGGGCUGGUUCGAUACGGGCGACCUGGGCUGGCUCGCGCCCGCCAGCCGCAGCUGGGCCGCCAGGAACUGCCGCGACGUGCUCGUGCUCGAGGGCCGCUCCAAGGACACCAUCGUUAUGUCCACCGGCGAGAACGUGGAGCCUGCGCCGGUGGAGGAGGUACUGCUGCGCAGCCCGCUCGUGGCGCAGGUCAUGCUCGUGGGCAACGACCAGCGCCGCCUUGGCGCGCUCGUGGUCCCCGCGCCCGACGAGCUGGCGGCGCACCACCCGGACGCGCCCCCGCCCACCGGGCAGCAGCUGCAGGACCUCAUCCGGAAGGACCUCAACCACUGCCUCGCCCAGGGCAGCUUCCACGCCCACGAGAGGAUUGGCCCCGUGGCCAUCAUUGACGAACCAUUCUCGGUCGAGAAUGGGCUGCUGACGCCCACGAUGAAGAUGAAGCGGGACGUAAUUGCCACCAAAUAUGCGGCCGAGAUUGCGGCCCUGUACCAGAAAGCGUGAGGCGCGUGGUGUACGCUAGGCGAACUGCCGCGCAGCGCAGCGGAUCUGAGACACGUGAGGGCUGAGCCACCUCUGCCGCCCCUGUGGACCUGUACACUACCCAGCCGCCGCAUGGGGGCAGCGCGGGAUAGGGUUGGGCAUUCUGAUGAGCACUGGAUUCGAGCUAUGUACGUGACUUACCCGGAUUGGGCAUAUUCUGAGAUCUUAAUGCAAAGGUGAUAAUUUGACAACGCCCCAUGUGCGGCCGCAAUCGCAGUCAAUAUCUUAGGAUGGAAGGCGGCCAGAGCUGGUUUAUGUACGCAGAAAUAAAGGACGAAACAGCUUUUGAGCCCACUAGAAAUAUGCAGUGCAGAUAGAUACGUAUUAGAACCAGAGUUACUUUGCCAUUCUAUCAGGUAUUUUGCAUUCAUGGUACAUGAUUACGUCACAGGUCCAACAACAUCCUUACUUAGACGUACCUGCCACUCGAGUAGGUAUGCGUUCAUUGCACACGAUCAAGCUGAACUCUGCGUUGCUGACCAUAGGUUCCGACUAGCUGUUCGGGCCGGGACCGACGUUCCAGAAUUUCGGGCAUAUGUUGCAUGAUACGCG